GAAGGAAAUCUCACUGACCAGAUGGGAUUUGUUCUUUUGGGAUUCGGCAAUAUUCCUCACCUCCAGUGGUUUCUGUUUGGAUUGUUCUUUCACAUCUAUGUAAUUGUGUUGUUGGGAAAUGGAACCAUCAUUCUAAUAACAAAACUGGAACCUUCUCUCCAGAAACCCAUGUACUUUUUCCUUGGCAAUUUCUCCUUUUUGAAAAUCUGUUAUGUGUCAGUGACUCUACCCAGGAUGCUCAUGAACCUUGCGACCCAGAGAAGAGCCAUCUCUGUAGUUGCUUGUGCUGCACAAAUGUGCUGGGUCCUUAUAUUGGGAGCCACCGAGUGUUUCCUUCUGACCGUGAUGGCCUACGACCACUACAUGGCCAUCUGCAACCCUCUACACUAUCCUCUUGUCAUGAACCGCAAGGCCUGCACCAAGCUGGUCAUUGGAUCCUGGAUCAGCAGCAUUCCGGUCCAGAUAGGGCAGACAUUCCAGAUUUUCUCUCUCUCCUUCUGUGGCUCCAACCAAAUCAACCACUUCUUCUGUGACAUCCCCCCACUGCUUCAGCUGGCCUGUGGGGACACGUUGGUGAAUCAACUGAUGGUCUACAUGGUUGCUGUGUUUUUUGUCUCUCUUCCAUUUCUACUAAUCCUAAUCUCCUAUAGUAAAAUCCUCUCCACAGUCCUGAAAUUGCCAUCAGCCACAAGUCGGUCCAAAGCCUUCUCUACCUGUUCCUCUCAUCUUGCGGUUGUGAUCUUAUUCUUUGGAUCAGCCAUUAUUGCAUAUUUAAGACCAAAAUCCAGCCGAUCCUCAGGAACUGAUAAAGUGCUUUCUGUUUUCUAUACUAUUGUGACUCCCAUGUUUAAUCCCAUGAUUUAUAGUCUAAGGAAUAAGGAUGUCAUAAUGGCACUGAGAAGAUUAGUGUUCAAAUAA